AUGGGUGACACAAAGUUUAGUAGAAUGUACGAGGUAUUAAAAAAUAUUCGAUUACAUUCGCGUGAGUUCGGAGUGUUUUGUAAUUAUAAGAGAGUCAAGUGCAUGGAAAAAAUUAGUUCAAACACUAUAAGGGCUAUUUUAAAUAAUUUCAACAGUCUGGGUUCUUACAACGAACAAAAUUCCUAUUUAUGCUCAUUUGUAUCGGUUACAACUGUACAGAGGCGUAGGCCAAGAGCUCCAGAAAAUUUAGCAAAGUACCACGACUGCAGUUACAUGUAUCGGGUGAGAAUAAAACAAGACAAUCAUUUUGAUGAAGUCCAAGUAUGUGCUAAGUUCUUUAUUGCUGCACAUGGUAUAUCUAAAAGUAAAUUAGAGUACUUAUUGACCUCUAUAAAAAAUUUGGAUGUUGCACCAAAAGACAAACGUGGUGGAAAAAAUUAUAAUAGUUUACCAACAGCUAUUAAAUUACAUAUUGCAUCUUCUCAAACUAGACAGAGUCACUAUAGUUUAAAAUCUGAACAUAAAAAAAUGUACAGAAUGUUCUUAGAGAAAAAUCCUACUCAGAAAAUAUCUUUUGAAACAUAUAGAGAAGUGUUUAAGAAAAAGUUUAACAUUGGAUUUUGGUUAUCCCCGGAUCGAAACAUGAAGUCAAUGUGA